AUGUCUGGAUCAUCCAGCUGUUCUGCUCAGGCUAUAGCAGCUCGAUGGCUUGAAAGGAGUUUCGAGUUGAACAAUCUGUCUUUGACAGACUAUCAACGACGUGUUCGAGAACUCCGACGUUCAGUCCGUCAAGGUUUUGAUUCAGCAGCAACAUGUACAGACGGUAUUAUUCACGCUCUAAAGCAAUUAAUUCACAACGGUUGGAUUAACAGUCGGUGGAAUUUGAUCAGUGUUGAUUGUGAUCACUUCGCUUCAGAACCAUGGGAGAAAAAUUUCGCUUGUUGUUAUCGUAAUGCACAAUGCAUACUUUCUGCGUUAUUUCGAAUUCCUGAAUUUAGGAAACGUCUUUUUGGAUCCCUUUCAGCUAUGCCAUCCGUAUGGAAAUUACAGGCACUUUUAGAAUCUGCUUGGUCUCUUGGCUUCGAUCCACUUGGCGCGUCUCAGAUAUCUUCAACACUAAAUUUGAAUAGAAUUACAUCUGGUUGUCGUCUUUUAGAUUCUACUGUUGGCAGCAUUUCUACAGAUGAUCGUAAUCUUGUUGGAUUGGUGGAUAGUACUGCAUGCUUAGGUGCUACCGAUAUGGUUUCUCUCUUUGGAUCAAUAGGUGUACGUUCAUCAAUUAUAGAAUGUCGUUCUCCUUCAGGACCUGGUGGAACUCAUCCAUACCUAUUAACGCAUAUCUACUCCUAUGUAACCUCAGGUAACAGUAGAGCAAUGUCAAAUGAGCCUGCAACAUUACCAAUGCUUUUACAACACGAAGGCCAUAGUCGCAUAGUAAUUGGUGUUGAAGUGGAUGACAAUGAAAAACCCUUAGCUCUCAUUGUUCUAGAUCCCGAUGUACCGCCUGAUGCUAUGCGUCAAAUUAUUAAAGCAGCAGAUUAUUCUGUAUCUAGUCCCAAUGCAGAUAUAUCUCGUCUCUCCUUUGGACCGUAUCAUUGGAUGGAUGUUUUAGGCAGUAUGCGUGUGGAUAUAACACAGUUAGUUCAGCCUCAAUACCAGCUGCUUCAGAUUACUGGAUUAAUAGAAACUGAAUCAGAUUUACAGAGUUCUAUGGUCCCCGAAAAUGUUACCAUUGCAAUCUCAUAA